CUAAAUUUGGACGUACCUCCAGUCGACGGCCGACAGUCAAUAGUCACGGGCUCGGUGUGCUCAAAGCGACAAAAUGCGUACGAUAGUGUCCAGUUUGUGCGUUAUUCUUCUGUGCGGUGUCGUAGUGAAUGGCUCAUUACAUGAUGAGUUUGACAGUGAUAAACGCUACCAUCCAAGGCUUCCCGAUGAGAACGUUCCCGUCAAAGCAUCCCGAAACGCCGAACAGGAGCAAACAAUCGAGUACUGGAGAAGCCAGGCAAAGGCAACGGUGGAAAAGCAUGUGACACGAAAGGAGAACACCAACAUCGCCAAGAAUGUCAUCAUGUUCCUGGGUGAUGGAAUGUCCAUCGCUACCGUUGCGCUGGCAAGAAUUCAUGCCGGUGGUGAGGAGACUCCACUGUCCUUCGAAGAGUUUCCGUACGUAGGUAUGGCGAAGACGUACUGCGUUGACUACCAAGUGCCCGAUUCGGCCUGCACAGCCACCGCCUACUUGACCGGUGUCAAGGCUAACAUGGAUACGAUCGGUGUGAAUGCUCAGGUGAAGGUUAGGGACUGUGAAGCUGGUCGCAAUCGAUCACUGCACACUACCUCCAUCGGUCAGUGGGCAAUUGAUGCUGGAAAGGAUUCGGGCAUAGUCACAACGACACGCGUCACACACGCUUCUCCAGCUGGAAUUUAUGCGCACACAGCGUACCGAGACUGGGAAGAUGACUUCUACGUGAAAGAAGAUGGUUGUGAUCCUAACCUCGUGGACGACAUUGCAGAACAGUUGGUGUACGGUGAGACAGCUCCUAAGCUUAGAGUGAUUUUGGGUGGCGGACGACGUGAGUUUAUCGACAGAGACAUUCACCAAGAUUACGAGACGGGCAAAGGAGGUUACCGAUCGGAUGGGCGGCAUUUGAUCAACGAGUGGCUUCGGAAUGGUCCGGUCGGAGAGAAUCGGACUUUUGUGUGGAAACGAUCGGAUCUGCUGGCGGUGGAUCCUCAUCGUACGGAUAGGCUGCUCGGUAUGUUUGAACCAGGUCAUUGUGCUUACAAUUUGGACAAAGUUAAUAACAACCUGGACGAAGAGCCAACGCUGUCGGAGAUGGUGGACAAGGCGACCGAUAUCCUUAGCACCAAUCCGAACGGGUUCUUCCUGUUCGUGGAAGGUGGUCGGAUAGACCAUGCCCAUCACGACAACCGCGCUAAGUAUUCGAUUGACGAAACGGUGGAGUUCGCCAAAGCAAUAGAGCUAGCCCGAAAGAAGUUUAGCGAAGAGGACACCCUGAUCGUGGUGACCUCGGAUCACUCACACAGUGUCAGCUUCGCAGGAUAUCCGAGCCGAGGUAAUGACGUAUUCGGGACGGCCGGUAAUGGUAAGGACGGCGUCCCUUACAUGACGAUCAGUUACGCUAAUGGACCGGGCUACAAGAAGCACAUCGAUGUUGAAGCUGGCACUCGGAAGGAUGUACGCCAGAUGGAUCGAUCCAAGUCAAACUUUGCAUUCCCUGCUAUGUUGCCAAAAGACUCCGAAACGCAUGGUGGUGAAGAUGUGGCCGUCUACGCGUCCGGCCCGUGGUCUCAUCUGUUCGUUGGCUCGUACGAGCAAAACGUUCUACCACACAUCAUGGCGUACGCGUCUUGUAUUGGCAACGGAUUGAAGGCCUGCAAACCAUGAGAAGUUAACAUUCACGAUUCCAAAAAUAGUAUUAAAAACGUUUUGCUAAUUAUCGAAUAGUUUCCAGGAAACAAUGUAAGAAAACUCUCAGUAAACGGGAAGAGCCUGUUUUUAGCCACACGUGCGGAAUGCUAAGCCAGGAAGUGAAGGAAGUUUUAGACACGUGUUGAAGUGUCCCACGCUCUACGGGGAUGCUUCCGACAUGAUCCAAUGUCGCAGCAAUUGUUUUCUUUGCUAAAGUUGUAAAUAUCACCUCACGUUACAGCUGGCACUAUCAACCAUCGAUAAUCUAGCUGUUCAGAAUUCGUCCAAAAUUUAGGUAGCAAUAAAAAUCAAAAUAUUUAUCACAUUAGAGGCUAGACAAGCCCCAGAACGCAUGAACUUCCUAGCCGCCAUGCUAUGAGACAAACAAAAAAAAAAA